UGUCUGCAGUCUCUGGUCAUUCCCUGCACUGUCUGCAGUCUCUGGUCAUUCCCUGCACUGUCUGCAGUCUCUGGUCAUUCCCUGCACUGUCCGCAGUCUCUGGUCAUUCUCUGCACUGUCCGCAGUCUCUGGUCAUCCCCUGCACUGUCCGCAGUCUCUGUCUCUGGUCAUCCCCUGCACUUUUUCCGCAGUCUCUGGUCAUCUCCUGUACUGUCUGCAGUCUCUGGUCAUCCCUUGUACUAUGUCCGCAGUAUCUGGUCAUCUCCUGUACUGUGUCCGCAGUCUCUUGGUCAUCCCCUUGUACUAUGUCCGCAGUCUCUGGUCAUCCCCUGUACUGUGUCCGCAGUCUCUGGUCAUCUCCUGUACUGUGUCCGCAGUCUCUGGUCAUCCCUGUACUGUGUCCGCAGUCUCUGGUCAUCCCCUGUACUGUGUCCGCAGUCUCUGGUCAUCUCCUGUACUGUGUCUGCAGUCCAUUGGUUCAGAAUAUUUUUUUUCUCUUGUUUUUCACCUCUAAAACCUAGGUGCGUCUUAUGGUCA